AAAAAAUUGAUGAAGGAUCCCGCAAACAUCAUAUCCAAGUUAUCCAACUGAAACAUUGGAGAGCCCAAACAUUUCGGCUUUGUUUGAAAUCUAUAGAAAAUAUAAAAGAAAAGAUGGAAAAAUAAUUUUUCCUUAUUUGGUUGGAGAGGAAACUAAAAGGAAAAUAACAGAACAAGGAAGAAUUUUCCUCCCACUUUCCUUUCCUUUCCUUUCUCUAUCGACCGGGGUUCUCACGAUGUUAACCAAAGCACCAUAAAAAUUCCACAAAUUUCGUGAGUAACCCAUUGAUUAAUCACCUCGACAGUCCGACAGCAGCCAAUCAUCUACAUGUUCCCAUAGCAUGAACAUGAACAUGAACAUCACCACAAUUAUCACUGCUGCAAGUAACAGCGAGCCAAUCGGAAAGUGCAGGUGAGGUGUUUGAUGUUAUUCCACACUGCCCAAUCUGACAUUCAUAUGAUACCACGGAGCAAACUAGUACCGACCUUACCACCAGGCCAGCCUGCCAACCUCCUAGGUUCUCUCCCCUGAAUAUCUAGUACUCCAUCGAUCCAUGAAGCAAACAUUGCUUCGUAUCAUUCGAUCUUCAUCUUCCAAUUCAAUCACCAUUUCUCCCCACCCCCUCCUUGUCACUCACCGUUUUCUAACAAUACCCAAAUUCGUUCACACUCUAAAAGAAGACCCAGAUGCAGUUGUGAACACCAUAUGUACUUCUCUGCGUAAAGGCCUUAACUGGGACUCACUGAGCAGGAAAUUCGGUUCAGUUGAGUUAACGAAUUCGAUGGUCGAAAAAGUACUAUUACAACUGAAGGAACCAAUAGAUGCAAAACGGGCUCUGGGUUUCUUCCACUGGUCAGCUCAGCAAAAGCAAUUCAAACACGAGGUUUCAACCUACUGCAUUGCUAUUCACUUAUUAGUCCGAUCAAAGCUCAUCAGGGAUGCUCGAACCCUGCUUGAAUCGGUUGUGUCGAAACGGGUUUCGGGUAUUUCUUUGGAUUUCUCAGUUGUUGAUUCACUUCUUGGUAGUUAUAGCAUUACUGGGUCUAUCCCUUUGGUGUUUGAUUUAUUGGUUCAAACUUAUGCCAAGUUGAGGAUGGUAGAUGUUGGUUUUGACGUUUGUCAGUAUUUGGAUGGACAUGGGUUUUGUUUAAGUGUGAUUAGUUACAAUACAUUGAUUGAGGUGGUUCAAAAAUCUGACCAGGCCAAUCUGGUUUGGAAGGUUUACGAGCAUAUGAUCCAAAAGAGAACGUACCCAAAUGAGGGAACGGUGAAAAUCAUGGUUAGUGCAUUGUGUAAGGAAGGGAAGUUGCAAGAAUCUAUUGACAUGUUGGACAGAAUUCUUGGGAAGAGAUGCUCUCCUGCUGUGAUUGUUAACACAAGUUUGGUUUUUAGGGUAUUGGAGGAGGGAAGAGUAGAGGAAGGAAUGGUGGUGUUGAAGAGGAUGUUGCAAAAGAACAUGAUUCUUGACACCAUUGCUUUUUCUUUAAUUAUUUAUGCUAGGGUGCUUGGGAAUUUAGACUCUGCAUGGGAGGUGUAUGAGGAAAUGCUCAAGAAAGGUUUUCAUGCAAAUCCGUUCGUGUAUACCGUCUUCAUAGGGGCGUAUUGUAAGGAGGGGAGAGUUGAAGGCGCGAUUGGCUUGAUGCAAGAAAUGGAAAAUGCGGGUUUGAAGCCUUAUAACGAGACUUUUGAUCAUCUCAUCGAGGGUUGUUCUCGGGUUGGAAAAGUGGAAGAGAGUGUAAAAUUUUGUGAGAAGUCGAUGCAGAUGGGUUUUGUUCCUAGUUGUUUCACGUUCAACGAAAUGAUUGGAAAGCUCGGUGAAACGGGGAGAGCAAAGCAAGCUAAUGAGAUAUUGACCAAUCUGUUGGAUAAAGGGUUUCAACCUGAUGAGAUCACGUAUUCACAGCUUAUUGCUGGCUAUUGUAAACAAGGAAACAUGCAGGAAGUUCUAAAGUUGUACUACGAAAUGGAAUACAAAUCGCUCUCUCCUGGUUCAAUGGUUUUUGAAUCUUUGGUAAGGUGCCUUAGUCAAUGUGGGAAUUUGGACGAGGCUGAAAGAUAUCUGAAGGUGAUGAAGGAUCGAUCAAUACCACUAUCUUCAUGUAUUUAUGAGACAAUGAUUUCCCGCCACCAUAUGAAAGGGAAUAAGAUAAGAGCUCAUCAGCUUUAUAGUGAAAUGGUUGCAGAUGGAUUGAACCCUAAUAGUCCUGUUUGCUGUAUUAGUGCAAACAGUCUGUAAGGCUAGCAGUUUAGUGGAGUACUUUUCUUCCAGCUGCCUCUCUCUCUCUCUCUCUCUCUCUCUCUCUCUGGUUGUAAGAUUGAGUCAGCCACCAAGACGAUCCCUCUGCGUUUUUUCAGCUGUCGGAGGUUUCCAUAUUGGUGUCAAGCGACUUUGUACUGGCUGUCACGCAAUACAAACAAGCAGCACACUUGUAACUCAAUUCCAGGCAAAUCUGCUCAACGGUGGCUUUGAAUUUCAUCUGGGUUUCUGAAGGGAUGCACAAGCGUAUUUACGCAAUUUAGUUGAAUAGCAAUGCUAGCUGGUGUUGAGAAGUCAUAUUGGAGAGGAAAAUUUCCAUAAAGCACACUGGAUGGUAACAAGCAUGUUCAGUCCGAACUCUUCUUUAUGGGCUAAACGUUGCUCUUAAUUUGGGUUGGAAUUAUGUGCUUUCAUGUUUGCCUCUUCGGGUAGUUUCGAGGACACAAACCUAUAUUUAGAUUCCGAGGGACCAGAGGGGCCUGCUGUGAGGGAGUUUGGCCGAUCCAGACUUCUUGACUUGAUUGGAGCCGUUCUUAGACCGUGCAGAAAAUAAAAUUGAUUGGACAUCCAUAAUUGCAUGAUCGGAACAUGCUAGUCUUGGAAAUUUAAACGGCUAGACUUGUAUACUUGUGAGAAUGAACUGUAAAUUUUAUGGGAAUAUUUGCUUACGAAUUUGUAUUCU